AUGAUAACUAGAUUUGAUCAUCAUAUCAAUGUGAAAUAUUUCAAUGUAGCAUUAGAAUUACGUCGAAAUAAUGUUGAAUCAAUAGUGUAUAUAUACAAUAAAGUAUUUCAUCAUGAAGAUAAUCAAGAACAUCUAAUAGAUUUUUCGACAUUAGAUGAUAUUAAAUAUUAUAUUGAUAAUCAAAGACGUCCUUUUCAUAAAUUAAUAAGUACUCAACGAACAUUAGUUGGUUAUGCAUCGAUUGAACCAUCUUGUUGGUGGCUUAAUAAUGGAUUUUCAACUUCACGUUAUAAAACAUUUGUUUAA